CUGUCAGAGAGAUAUGCAUGUUUCAUGUUGCCCACUAGUUUUACCUGUCCAGCUUGUUUGCCAAGGCUGUGUCCAUAUUUUCUUUAAUCAAAGCGCACGUUUCCCGACGAAAUCUACGUGUAGAGCUGUGGACGGUGAAUUUGAAAAUACACCAGACAUUGAAUGGCAUUGUGGCAAAUAUUUGGUGAAACUAAACAUAACUUGGAAGUUCCCGGGAAAAAUAUUCCUAACAAAGUAUUCGCAUACAAUGGUUCGGAGGGAGAGGAACCACAGCGGCAGACUGCGAUAUGGCCCAGACCAUUGGCUCAAAAGUGGACGGUGAUGCUCUUCUUGGGCACGUGUCUCCUUUACUGUGCCAGGAUGGCCAUGCCAAUCUGUGCUGUCAACAUGGCCACCACAUUUGGCUGGAGCAAGACGCAGUCGGGUGUGGUAAUGGGGGGCUUCUUCUGGGGUUACUGCUUCACUCAGGUGCUGGGAGGUCAUGUCAGCGACAGAAUUGGUGGUGAACGGGUCCUACUUCUUGCCACUACAUCCUGGGCUUCCAUUACAUCAUGCACCCCUCUGUUGGCGCAACUGGGCAUCAGUUCCCUCACCUCCAUGACGGUGGCCAGAUUCCUUAUGGGGCUAUUACAAGGUGUCCACUACCCCUCUUUGGCCAGUCUUUGUUCCCAACGAGUGGAUGAAGGGGAAAGAGGCUUUCUGAUGAGUACCAUGGGCAGUGGCUCUUAUAUGGGAACACUGAUGGUGGGAGGACUGGGGUCCGUGAUGUUGGAACGCUAUGGCUGGGAGAGUGUGUUCUAUGGCGCUGGUCUGCUCUCGGGACUGUGGUCAUUGACUGUGUGGAGAUUUCUACUGAGAGGUCAAAUGAACACAAACCAAGUGCUGUCAAGCCAUGGAUCCAGUUCGGGUCUGUCAAAGAAACGCUGGCUAAAAAUGUUCAAACAGCCCUCUGUGUGUGCCAUGGUCUUUGCUCACCUAUGCUUCAGCAGUACUUGUUACUCAUUGAUGUCAUGGCUACCAACCUUUUUCAAAGAUACAUAUCCGCACGCCAAGGGAUGGGUGUGUAACGUAAUUCCAUGGUUGGUUGCAAUCGCAUCUGCGCUCUUUGGAGGCAUAAUUUCGGAUCACCUCAUUCAGCAGGGAUUUCGAACAUCAUCUGUUAGGAAGAUGAUGCAGUUCAUGUCCAUGGGUGUGUCCAGUGUGUUCCUCCUGCUACUCUGCAGACCACUCUCAUUCCCUUCCGCUGUGAUCUUUGUCUCUGCUGCUGUGGGCCUGGCCACCUUCAACAGCAGUGGUGUGUCUGUGAAUGUACAGGACCUAGCCCCAUCGUGCGCUGGAGCCUUGUUUGGAUUUAUGAAUAUGUGUGGAGCUUUCACAGGUCUGGUGCUGGUCUAUGUUUCUGGAUACCUGAUUGAGGUCACAGCUUCCUGGGGUUACGUGUUCUCACUCUUCACAAUGGUGAAUACCAUGGGCCUCGGAGUAUUCCUCAUGUUUGGAGAAGCCAACCGUGUGGACUUGUGGAAUUUGUCCGAAGUCACUCGUGUAUGACCCACACAAAGACACUGCCAAUAACUUAGUGUGUAUAUCUGUGUAGGCUAUAAUGUCAGUCUAACAAAAUGGUUUGUGUAGAGGAUUGCAGGCCUAACUACAAUGUGCCUAUGAAAAAAAUGACUUGUUUCUGACAUGUUUUAAAUUAUGCCUUCGUACACCAGGUCUGAGAAUAAGUUGGUUUAAAAUAUUUAUAAUUCAAUGUUGCUUCACUUGGUAGAACUUUGAAAACAUUAUUUAUUGUCCCUGAAAUUGAAAAGUGAAACAAGACAACAGUAAACAUGUCAUCCCCCAUGAAUGAUGCAUCGACCCCCAUUGGGCCAAUUGAGAUAUCUUGUGUGACUAACACAUUUUAGUUGACCACAGAUGAGCUUUUAUAUAUCUAACAAUGAAAAUAAAUGUCUUUAAAAAUGGAGGGCAGUUAGCCUGGGUACCUGUCCAGGUCUUGACAUUCAGGUAAAUUUGCCAGUGGCACACUGGGCCAGUACCAAGUGAAAACUACUGGCCUGAAUUUUAAAAUUACUGACCCAGGCCAAGAUAUCAGGAAAGCAAGCAUAAUUUAAAUCUGGGUGAUUUCACGUUUCAUUUACAGUUUGGGCAAAUACCUUAUAUUAUAGCCAACCAUAUAAUCACAUAUUUAUUUACACUGAUUGUUUGGAAAACAAAAAUAAAACCAUGCCCCACUCUCAAUGAUGACAUAUAGCCUAUAUUAAACCGUUUAAAAUGUAAUAUUCCCCUCCAAAAAUUAGCCUACUAGCAUAUUGAUGAAAAGCAAUAUCUUUAUAUGGUCCAUAUGAUCAGGCAGGUGUGCUAUUUUAGCAAUACCCCAAAGGGCUAAUCAUUAGCUAUGUCACAGACUAAAUAUGACCUUGUUGCUUGUAUAAUGUCUUUAAAAAAAACUCCCACUGGCAUUCAUAAAAUCAUGUAAUUGUUAUGUUUAUAAAUAGUGUAAUUGUGUGAAUUGUACAGUUAAUAGAGGCCUACGUAAAACACAUGUGAAUGGCUGACGCGAUUCACGCAGUAACUUUUUUUAAUUGUCAUGAUAGACACUAAAGAUUGUAAAACGCUGCCAAUUGGAGUUGAGAAAUAAAUUAUAGCCCUAUAACACUGUAACGCUGGGAUCCCGCUCUUUUCAAUAAUUUCCAUCAAAACGGUUGUAUUUUCCAGAGAUUGCAUUUAAGAUUGUUGCGCAGAGACUGGGUUUAUUAGAACCGAUUCAUUUCUGCGCAGCAAUCAGCAGUGUCCAUAGUUCUGCGCUCUUGUCACCUGACAGUUGAUAUUCAACGAAUAAAUAAACGACAUUGCUCAUGAA